CUUACGUCACGGCCAGACGUCGACACGAUGUGUGACGUUGCCGUGACGUUUCGCAAGGCUGUCACUGGACGAGUAUUGUUUGAGGGCUGCAGCUAACGACAGGCAGGAUGUUGCGUCUUCGGUGCAAGACUAAAAACGGGAGCCACCUCAUGCAGGGGCUGAGCCAGCACUCGUGCGUGCAGGAGCUGAAGAGCAAGGUGGAGGAGCUGACGGGCAUCCCCUGUGACGUGCAGAAGAUCCUGGUGGGGUACCCCCCCUCCAGCUUGGACCUGCGGAACGGCCACGCGCACCUCAAGGACUACCCCAUCAAAUCAGGAGACACACUGAUCGUAGAGGAGGAGAAGAACAAGAUGAAGACUCAGGCCAGCUCCCCGCCCCCCCAGGCCAGCUCCCUGUCCCCCCAGGCCAGCUCUCCGGCCCCCAAGGCCAGCUCCCCGCCCCCCAAGGCCGGCUCUCCGGCCCCCAAGGCCAGCUCCCCGCCCCCCAAGGCCAGCUCUCCGGCCCCCAAGGUGCCGCGGCUGGAGCCCAGCCCCGAGCCCCGCCCGGUGCUGGCCCGCCGCGUGGUCCCGGCCGACAACUCGUGCCUGUUCACCAGCGUGUCGUACGCGGUGGAGGGCGGCGUCUAUGACCCGUCCUGCUCCGCCGAGCUGCGCCGUCUGAUCGGCCGCACGGUGGCGGGCGACCCGGCGGCGUACUCAGAGGCCGUGCUGGGCAAGACCAACGAAGAGUACUGCGCCUGGAUCGGGCGCGACGACACCUGGGGCGGGGCCAUCGAGGUGUCGAUCCUGUCCCGCUUCUACCAGUGUGAGAUCUGCGUGGUGGACACGCAGACGCUGCGCGUGGACCGCUUCGGCGAGGACGCCGGCUACCGCAAGCGAGUGCUGCUGAUCUACGACGGCAUCCACUACGACCCGCUGCAGAAGGAGACGCCCGGCUCGGACGCCCCUCCGCAGACGGUGUUCGCCGCCACGGACGACGUCAUCCUGGCGCAGGCGCUGGAGCUGGCGGACGAGGCGCGGCGCCGGCGGCAGUUCACGGACGUAAACGGCUUUGCACUGCGCUGUUUGGUGUGCCAGACGGGCCUGGUGGGACAGAAGGAGGCCCGGGACCAUGCCAAGGAGACCGGCCACACCAACUUUGGGGAGGUGUGAGAGCUACUCGCUCCCCCAUUCCCCCCCGCCCUCACCCCCCUCCUUAACAACGUCAAAAUCACACACCCGCUCCCCAAUCUGGCAACGCCGUGGUACUGGCUGUUUGUCUGUCGGUCUGCUCGGGCCAUCCUCUACCUCACAUAGUUCAGCGGAGUCCACGAGGAACCAGUAGACACUGUGGGUUCUGUCAACACGGUCAGUAUUCAAGCUACGGUUGGUUCUCAAAGCCUGCUGCGGUGGAACAUCCCAGCAAAGCUUUCAUUGGGUUCUGCUGUCUCAAGAACCCAGCAUGUCAAGCAUUGAGCCGGGUGUGAAUUAGGGAUAGGCCAAAGUGAGUCCACAACCGCAGGAGUCAGUGACGCGUGGGUAUGAGUCCUGAGCUGGAGCGGGCUGUCAUUGGUUAGCAUGCAGUCCUCUUCCGGCCCCGGUAUGCCGGAUCAGGCUCACGGACUUCAUGGUGCUCUGCUGUCUGUCUACUGGUGACCUGAGAGGCUGAACGCACCAGAAAGAAUGCUACUCAUGUAGCUCACUAGCUAGCACAUAUUUAUUUGGUCUGUAUCGGAUGUCAGGGUGCCUACCCACACUACUUUUGUGAUAGUUUAUCUACAUUUAGAAGAGGAACAGAAUUCAAGCUAUAAAGAGAGGAUCGUGUUUAGGUGGGGAUUAAACUUCUCAGUUCUCAAGUGUUUUUAAAGUGUUACGUUAAGCUAGUCAAGUUACUACUCUGAGAUGACGACAUGGUUUAUGUUCAGGUAUAUUUUCAAGGUGAAUGAAAAUUUUUAAAAUGCCACUGUUUACAUGUGUGCUAAUAUUUGUGUGAGGAGCAAGAUUUAGCUUUUUUAGUUUUAAGUCCAACGUGGGACUUUUAACUGAUGUGUAAGGAACUGGUGUUUUUUUAUUUUAUUGUGAUGAUUUUGUGUCUUAAGCCCCUGUUCUGAUGCACACAUUUUUACCGACUACCAAAUAAUGGUCAGAGGAACAGGGUGAAGGAAUGCUGAUAUUUUAUAAAUAUAAUAUU